AUAGCAAACCGGGGCAUUCAGGAAUGCCUCUUUGGGCUACUCCUGAUUCUCAGCAAAGGUGGACAAAUGGGUGAAGUUAUACCAACAGUGAUCGAGCAAAGGAAAAGCUGCUGAAGACAAACGUCUUCUGAACUCGAGCAGAUUGGACGAACAUCAUCAUCGGUAUUCUCUCAUGCAUCCUGUCUUUUGAUGGAAGAAUCCAGAUAAUUUCUCAUUCGACUCAACUAAAACAGGCCAAUCUGACGGAAAAAAAAAUAACAUGCUGUGAAGCUUUGCAAUUCUGUGAGGAACAUUUCAGCUUGAUAGCCUAAAUGCCUUUAACCUAGUCAAAACCGGGUGAGGUACUGCCUCGAUAGGCACGAGGAAAGAAGUGUCGUCGUUUACCUUUACUGAAGGAAAGGCAUAUGCAACGCAAAAAAGCGAACAAGUUUAAGGAUUAAGAGGUGUCAAAAUCUCAAGAACGAGCGUGAAGAAUGGCAGCCACUUUGUCGGCGGAGGAAGAACAGGCUACCAAGCAGUUUCUGGAGGAAAUCAACAAGUGGACCAGUCAGCAUGGAGUGUCCCCCUUGUCCUGGGAAGUGGCCGUCAAGUUCCUCAUGGCACGCAAGUUCGACGUGUUCCGAGCCAUUGAGCUCUUCCACUGCUACCGGGAGACACGUUUGAAAGAGGGCAUUGUCAAACUACAGCCCCAGGAGGAACCUUUGCGUUCUGAACUGCUCAGUGGGAAGUUCACUGUACUGAGUGUGCGAGACCCAUCAGGCGCCUCCAUAGCCUUGUACACAGCCAAACUCCACCACCCCAACAAGACAGGCAACCAUGUUGUCCUUCAGGCUCUUUUCUACCUCUUGGACCGGGCUGUGGAGAGCUUUGAAACUCAAAGAAAUGGCCUUGUUUUCAUUUACGACAUGGCGGGUUCCAACUACACCAACUUUGAGCUAGACCUCAGCAAGAAGAUCCUCAACUUACUCAAGGGGGCGUUCCCUGCCAGGCUGAAGAAGGUGUUAAUAGUGGGGGCCCCUGUGUGGUUCCGUGUCCCCUACAACCUUCUGAGCCUGCUGCUGAAGGAGAAACUCAGAGAGAGGGUCCAAAUGGUCAAAAUGGCUGACCUCCGUCAGCACCUCCCCCGAGACUGUCUCCCUGAGCACCUGGGUGGGCUGCUUCCACUGGAUGCCCAUGGCUGGAACCAGCAGCUCCUGGCAGGGCAGAACGGCCGGGUGGACCCAGUAGAUGAGCUGGUCGGCAUCCCUCUAGAGGACUCGUCGAUCCACACCCCCGGGCCAGAAGCCAUGCACCUACCAGACUUCAUGGUCCACCUGGGCAGGCUCCAGCGCUCAGGCAUCCACCUGGAGUAUGAGGAGAUCCGUAAGGAGCAGCCACCAGGGUCCUUCCACUGUGCACUAAUGCCAUUCAACCAAGAGAGGAAUCGGUACGGGGAUGUCUUAUGUCUCGACCAAACGAGAGUUCGCCUUAGACCCAGAAGAAAUGAGAAAUCCGACUACAUCAACGCCAGCUUCAUGGAUGGCUACAAACAGAAGAAUGCAUACAUUGGUACUCAAGGCCCAAUGGAGAAAACCUAUGGUGAUUUCUGGAGAAUGGUCUGGGAGCAAAACGUGCUAGUCAUUGUCAUGACUACAAGGACUGACGAGGGCAGUCGGAAAAAGUGUGGUCAGUACUGGCCUCUGGAGGAAGGAGGUCAGGAGGUGUACGGUCACAUGGCAGUUGUCAACCAGAGAGUGGACAACCACUCGCACUACAACCAGACCACCCUGGAGUUGCACAACACAGAGAACUGUGAGCAGAGGCAGGUGACCCACUUCCAGUACCUCAGCUGGCCCGACUACGGCGUCCCCACCUCUGCUGUGACGCUCAUCGAUUUCCUGGGGGCCGUCAAGAGACAGCAGAGGCGGUCGGUAAAGGCCAUGGGGCCCCAGUGGAGGGGCCAUCCCUUGGGACCUCCCAUGGUGGUUCACUGCAGUGCGGGCAUCGGCAGAACAGGUACCUUCUGUGCCCUGGAUAUCUGUCUUUCACAGCUGCAGGAUGUGGGGACACUCAAUGUGUGUCAGACGGUGCGACGGAUGAGAACACAGAGGGCCUUCACCAUCCAAACGCCCGACCAGUACUACUUCUGCCACAAUGCCAUCUUGGAGCAUGCGCAGAGACAGGGCCUGCUAUCAGCCAAUCAGUGAUGCCCUGGUUGUUGUCAUUGCCAAUCCUUGACAUUUCUAGCAGCCAUUCCAUAAAUCCAGGCGAUACUUUGUAGCCAAUCAGCAUGCCGCUUCUAAGGAAUAUCGUCACUACUUCUUCUCUUUAAAGAGGUCUAAGACCAAUUAUUUCCUCCUGAUUCUGUCACCUUUUACAGAGCCACUAUUAUGAUGUAAAAUGGAAGACUCCGUCACAUGCAAGUCAAAUGUCAUAGGUUUUUUGUCUUCGGGGGAGGAGUUGAAAUAAUUAGGUGGCUGAUCUGUGUCUAUGCGAGUCCCAUGUAAGUUUUGUGAUAUACUGAACACAUCAGUUGCUUUGGUGUCUUGUGUGAUCCAGGUACUUCGCAGCAACCGGUAACACAAACAUUGUGAUCAACAUCCUUAUUCUAUGAAUGUACCACUUUGACCAGUUCAGAAACCUCUCAGAAGGCCUUUAGCCCAUAAAGACUGUAAAAGAGAAGAAUGAAAUUGGAGGAAGAAUGUAAAUUAUUUGGCGUUUUCCUCCCAACUCCUGGUAGUGUCAUUGUGACCUUAGCAUUAUGACUACACCCUGCAUACAAUAAUUGAACCCCUUCCUUAACUAUUGUGAUCAUAUUCAAUGACUAGUAAGUGCUCAGAUUGUCUGACUAGUCAACAAGACUGAUUGCAGUUUUAUCUCUCAAGAUGUCAUGGUUCAAGUUGUUGGUAAUAUGCCUAUGCAUUGAAAACCAUUUAUUUGUUUUGGUUGUUUGGCACAAUUAAGUUGUCCUACCAAAUACAAAUAAUGUAGCUAUACUAAAGUCUACAUAUUAUUUGUUUUGUUCUCACUAAAAUCUAUUUUUGUCAAUAAUACCCACAUUGGCACAUUGUCCCUCUUUUGGAUUGUUCUUUGAAAACUCAAGAGGAACCUCUCUUGACCUUGCCUCUCAUGGCCGACUGAAACAAAUGGCUACAUGCAGAAUUUGCAACAGUGACGCAUUCCCUGCUUACCGUUCUGAUCUUAGCCUCAACCACUGGGAGAUAAAAAUGCAUAGCUAACCCUGAGUUUAACUAAAGUAUAUUAAGGUUGUUAAUGUUUAGCAAUCUUCUGUUGAUGUUGCAAUUUCAAUGCAUUUCCUGCAAAUCUUAAGAAUUAAGGGAUAGCCUCUUUACAACUCGUGAAAUGUAUGCCUUUAUUCAGUCAUUGUAUGCAAUUAACACUGGCUGUUCAAAAGCUUCCUGUGAAAACCUUGCAGUGAUUAUGACAUAAAAUGUUUAAUCACUGCUGUUUUUCCUCUCCAUCGCCGUUUGUAUGCUAUAGUGAUGCAUCGUCACCUGAGUUUGUCGAACCUGUGAUGGACAUGGUUGAGGAAGCCCAUGAUCUUGCUUCCGCCUUAAGAUGCCAGUCUUAGACCUCACCUCAGUAGUGCAAUAUACUUUUUUUGCACAGCCACGUUGAAGCACUUUGAAACAGCCAUUCAUAGUGCUUUUAGAGAUUCAGAGUUCUUGUCGUUUAGUGCAUUUAAGGUCCAAUUGCGACUCUGGGAGAUUAUAUACAUGUGAUACAGACAUAACUUGUUACUGUUCACUGGACCUUUAACCUUCAGACUUGUCUGAUAGUUUAAUGGAAACAUCUAGAGACCAUAGCCAUAUUUGUCACAUGCAUACUUCUCACGUUCUACCUUGUCACCUCCUAAAAACCCACUGGAUGAGUUCCCUUCCCCUGACCAUCUCCUCCAAUGGGAUUUAAGACAUGAGGGGGGGCAUGAGGAGUAUACAGGUGAGAAAAGGCCCAACUACCCUGAUAUAUUGAUGAUUGUGAAAUAUUUCCAUUCCCAUUGCUGUACAGUGUCUGUGCAUCAUAUUACAUGAUAUUGUCAUUGGAUGAAUGUUCUUUGCUACUGAAUUCAUAUUGAAUUUGCUUGUAGUGGAGCCUCAUUUAAGUCCGCCAUCAUUGUGCACUCUUAAUGAUUUUAGAAUUAUUGCUUUUAAUGACGGACAAAGUGUGACCAAUUUUAUUUUUCUAUAGUAUUCAACAACUUUUUUCUUACAAGUAUUCAGACUUUAAAAGUAUCUACUUUAAAUGUUAUUAUAUUUUCUCCAUUAUAACCUAUUACCUUUUAUUAGUAUAAUUAUCAUGACAAUUUGAAUCGAUAUGCUGUAUGAAAAGCCAACAUUUGUCUAAACAAUGUAUAUUUGAAAUAGUUAUGACCCACUUAAUUUGUUUUGCCAACAAUGUUUUCCAACUGGAGGAGACUGAUAUGUAAUCUUUCAAUGGUAGACCAAAACAGUGUAUUCAGCAUAUUAAAUGAAAAAUGGUUGUUCCUAAUGGA